GCCUUCUAACAGCUCUCAUACAGGACUGCAGCAGGACUUUAAACAUUUGUUCAGGAUGAACAGAAAUCCACAGGAGGAAAUUGAGGAAAUCGAGGAAGAAGCUAGCUAUGUUAAUGCACCAGUAUGCACUGUGGAUAAAGUGGCAGCCCCUGCAGACCAGAGGUCUCUCUUCUUCACUCAGUCUUUUCCACCGAUAGCAGUGUGUUGGCUGAUACUGUUAGUUAACAUGGGCCUUCGUAUCCACUUUACCUCUGUCAUUUCUGAAAAUGACGCCAAGCUGAGGGCAGAAAACCAGCAGCUGACAUCCCAAAACCAGCAGCUUAAGGCACGAAACCAGGAGCUGGAGACACAAAUACGAAACAUGACGACAACUGAUGAUUACUGCUCCAAAGAAAAUAACGGUUCAGAGAGACAGCGUAAAGCUUGUCAGGAGGACUGGUUACUCAACGAGUCUAACUGCUAUGAGAUUCAUGAUGCUGAUCCUUCUAAUCAGAAAACCUGGGAAGAAGCUCGAGCAAACUGCAGCGGAUAUAACGCAGAUUUUGUUAUUGUACACAGUCAAGAGGAAAAGGAUAUGAUCAAUGGUUACAGCUGGGGUAAACAAGAUGAGAGUGGAUACUGGAUUGGCCUGAGAGUUGAAAAUGGGAGAUGGAAGUGGAUUGAUGGAAGUGAUCUGGCUGUAGACUUCUGGAUAGGAACUCCCUUUGACGGUCAGUGUGCAGUUUCUGUCCAGGGCGUAGGAUGGAGAUCAGUGAGCUGUGCUGACAGAAAACGAUGGAUCUGCAAAAAGAAGGCUUUAUGUGUUUAAACACUGCAGUCAUAUUCUGCAUGAUAAUAUCAACUGGC